AUGGAUUCGCCCAGACUUAAGGCUGAGGAGAUCCCCAUCUCGACCCAGUCGCCCAGCAAUAACAUCGUGGUUCCGACCCUGGACGCGUACGUACGCACUCUUGCUCAGGCGAUGAUCCGGAUGGUCGUUACUCCCGGCCAUGAGGACUCCAACUGGACUGCAGGAGAACACGCAAGGGCGUCUGCAUGGCCCCCAAAACGACAGCAGGAACAUUUCACUAGAUAG